AUGUCUUUCUCGAAUAUCCCUUUCGCUGAUCCGCUAUGGCUCAAUCGGCAGAUCAGCCCUUUCUACAAAGACUCUCAUCGCCGUCUCCAAAGAGAGGUUCGCGAAUAUGUCGAUACAAAUAUCUCGCCAUUCUGUGAAGCGUGGGAGAAGACUGGCGUCAUACCUGCCGAGGUCCUCAAGAAGCACGCAGAACUGGGAUAUACUGCCGUUGCUUCUUUUCCUUUGGCAGCAGAUUAUCUGGAAGGACAACGACUUCCAGGUGACAUUAAUCCCAAUGAAUGGGAUGGAUUCCAUGAUAUUAUUGUCAUCGACGAGCUAGCUCGUUGUGGCUAUUUAGGCAUUGUUUGGGCUUUGGGAUGCGGCAACUCUAUUGGUGGCCCUCCUCUUAUCCUGAGAGCCAACGAAGAGCAAAAGCGACGUUUCCUUCCGGAUAUGCUUCGAGGAAAUAUCCGAUUCUGCUUAGGGAUAACUGAGCCUGAUGCGGGAUCUGACGUUGCUGGUAUUACCACAACGGCCGAGCGCAAAGGAGAUGUCUAUAUUGUUAAUGGAGCGAAGAAAUGGAUCACCAAUGGCAUCUUUGCAGACUACUGUACAACAGCAGUCCGGACUGGCGGCGAGGGCACUCAGGGUGUUUCGGCGUUAAUCAUUCCGCUCAAGUUGCCCGGGGUGACUUGUCGAAAGAUUGAGAAUUCCGGUGUCCAUGCGAGUGGUAGUACGUACAUCGAGUUCGACGAAGUCCAAGUCCCAGUUGCAAAUUUACUCGGAGAGGAAAAUGAAGGCUUCCCCGUUAUCAUGAAAAACUUCAAUCACGAGCGUCUCUGGCUGGCUUGCACUGCACUCAGAAUGGCCAGGGUCUGUGCAGAAGACGCAUAUCAGCACGCCAUCAGUCGUGAAACCUUCGGUAAAAAGCUUAUCGAGAAUCAGGUAAUUCGGUCGAAGUUCAGUAUGAUGGCAAGAAAUUUGGAUUCUGCGUAUGCUUGGAUGGAACAGCUGGUGUACAUCGAAGAGGAAUCAAAGAAAUCUGGUGUCGAUUCUGGAAUGGGAGGUCUGUUUGCAAAUCUCAAGGUUCUCGCGGGUCGGACACUCGAGCGAGUCAAUCGGGAGGCGCAGCAGGUGAUGGGCGGGCUUGGGUAUUCGAAGAAUGGGCGCGGAGCGAGGAUCGAACAAAUCUCUCGCGACCUUCGCGUCAUGGUUGUUGGAGGAGGAAGUGAGGAGAUUUUGUCUGAGUUGGCUGUUAGCCAGGAGAUCAAGAGUAUGAAGAGGCAGAGUAAUCUUUAA